AUGCCGCCCAAAUCUCUCCCCCCUGCUAAACUCCAGCAGGUUCUUGCUCACAUUCACUCCCUAAACACAACGUACACUCUAAAAGACCUCGAGAAGCUCAUUCCCGCGGCGACCGGUGUUUCAGGAAUGUUGGUGAAAGACUACCUGACCGCACUCGUUGAUGAAGGACUCCUUAGGGUCGAGAAAAUUGGUAACGGGAACUGGUACUGGGCUUUCCGCUCCGAGGAAACAAAUAAUAAACGGCGGAUUCUGAAGAAUUGUCUCGAGGAGAAAGAAAAGCUUUGCUUCGCCAUCUCAGGGCUGAAAAGGGAAAUUGGUGAAAUAGGAGCGGUUGGGGGAGAAGGGAACGAGGAAUUAGUGAAGAGGGUCCAGGGAUUGAAGGUGGUAAAGGCGGGUAUGCUGGCUGAAAUCACGGAGUAUGAGGAAGAGAACGUGAGUAGAUUUAAGAGAGAGAUUGACGAGAUGAGGACUAGGAUUAAUCUCACUAUUGGUAAGGCUCACCCCGCCACCCUAGUUUCCGGCUAAUUGGGUAGACAAUCUUUACACGUUGGAGAAGUACGUAAAAGAUGUUACAGGUGGAGACAGAGAAGCCCUGGAUGGUUGCAGAAAGAUGUUCGGUAUGGAAGAGGAGAUGGAAUAUCUCUAAAUGCACUGAAGCAAGGUAAGUUAACGGUGCCUUCAGCUGGGGCAUGGUGCUGUAAGUAAAGCCACUCAUUGGGGUAUUGUUUCUAGGAUCACGGUAUGUCACUCUAGUUGCCUUAUGACCUGAGCUGCAAGUUUACAUAGCACACCACACAAUACAGUCUGAUAUGGCACGGUAACUUGGAGUAAACUUACCAGGGGUAGUUAGCUGGGCCAAUAUGGGAAUACGCUUUCUAU